AUGGCGGCGCGGCGGGAAGAGCCGCUCCCCGCCUGCUUCGCGGGCCUGGGCGCGGGCAGCCCGCGGCCGCGGCAGAAGCGCGGCGGGAUGUUCUGCAGCGUGGCCGACGCCUUCGACAGCAAAACCCUGGACCUGGCCUCGCUGCGCGGCGGCGCCGACGGCUCCGGCGGCGCCCGCAGCGCCCCGGCCCCGAGCCCAGCCCUGACCGCGAGCCCGACUCCCACAGAGGCUGCGAGCCCCGCGCCGAGCUCACCCCCGGCUCCCAGCCCGGCCCCGGCCCCCGAGGUGCCCGCGGGGCUGCCCGGCGGCGGGGAGCAGAGUGAGCCACUCCUAAUCAAGGGAGGCAAAGUCGUCAACGAUGAUCAGUCGUUCUACGCAGACAUUUUAGUGGAGGAUGGCCUGAUAAAGCAGGUCGGGGAGCAGCUGCAGGUGCCCGUCGGCACCCACACGCUGGACGCCUACGGGCAGCUGGUGCUGCCGGGGGGCCUGGACCCGCACACGCGGCUGCGGGCGCCGGGGAUGGCGCCAGCCGACGACUUCCAGCGCGGCACCGAGGCGGCGCUGGCAGGCGGCACCACCAUGAUCAUCGAACACGUGCUGCCGGAGCCGGGCACCGCGCUGCUGGACGCCUACGAGCGCUGGCGCGAAGCUGCUGCCAGCCAGGCCUGCUGCGACUACGCGCUGCACCUUGAUGUCCCCCGCUGGCACGAGGGCCUUGCCGAGGAGCUGGAGGCCCUGGUCAAGGACAAGGGGGUCAACUCCUUCCUGCUCUUCAUGGCCUACAAGGACAAGCUGCAGUGCUCUGACGCGCAGAUGUACGAGAUCUUCAGCGCGCUCCGAGACCUUGGAGCCAUUGCCCAGGUGCACGCUGAGAACGGCGACAUCAUUGACGAGGAGCAGAGGAGGCUGCUGGAGCUGGGCGUCACGGGCCCCGAGGGACACGUGCUCAGCCGCCCGGAGGAGGUAGAGGCGGAGGCCGUGUUCCGCGCCGUGACCAUCGCGCGCCAGGCCAACUGCCCCCUCUACGUCACCAAGGUCAUGAGCAAGGCGGCAGCCGAUGUGCUGGCGCGUGCCAAGAGGAAGGGCGCCGUCGUCUACGGGGAGCCCAUCGCCGCCAGCCUGGGCACCGAUGGCUCCCACUACUGGAGCAAGAACUGGGCCAAGGCCGCGGCCUUCGUCACCUCGCCGCCCAUCAGCCCUGACCCCACCACACCAGAGCACCUCUCCACGCUCCUGGCCUGUGGGGACCUGCAGGUGACGGGCAGCGCUCACUGCGCUUUCACCACGGCGCAGAAGGCAGUGGGCAAGGACAACUUCACCCUGAUUCCGGAGGGCACCAACGGCAUCGAGGAGCGCAUGGCCAUCAUCUGGGAGAAGUGCGUGGUCUCGGGGAAGAUGGACGAGAACGACUUUGUGGCCGUGACCAGCACCAACGCAGCCAAGAUCUUCAACUGCUACCCCAGGAAGGGGCGAGUUGCCGUCGGGUCGGAUGCCGACCUCGUUUUGUGGAACCCCAAGGCUACGAAGAUUAUCUCGGCAAAAACCCACAACUCGAAUGUGGAGUACAACAUCUUCGAGGGCCUCGAGUGCCACGGGGCUCCCAGCGUCGUCAUAAGCCAGGGGCGGGUUGUGCUGCAGGACGGGAGCCUCUCCGUCACCCCGGGCUCUGGGCGCUUCAUUCCCAGAAAAACCUUCCCGGACUUCGUCUAUAAGAGGAUAAAGGCAAGAAAUCGGCUGGCCGAAGUGCACGGCGUCCCCCGUGGGCUCUACGACGGGCCGGUGCAGGACGUGGCGGUGGCGGCCAAGGCUGCGGCGCCGGCGCCAGCCGCGCGCGUGGUUCCCUGCGCCAGCAAAAUCCCGGCGGUGCCCGUGCGCAACCUGCACCAGUCGGGGUUCAGCCUCUCCGGCUCGCAGGCUGACGACCACAUCGCCCGGCGCACGGCGCAGAAGAUCAUGGCGCCGCCGGGCGGCCGCUCCAACAUCACCUCUCUGUCCUAG